GCCAUGAUGAAUGAGGCUCCAGGUCCCAUAAACUUCACUAUGUUCCUCACAAUGUUUGGAGAGAAGUUAAAUGGCACGGACCCAGAAGAUGUAAUCAGAAAUGCUUUUGCUUGUUUUGAUGAGGAAGCGACAGGGUUUAUUCAAGAAGACUACCUGAGAGAGCUGCUGACGACUAUGGGAGACAGGUUUACAGAUGAAGAGGUAGAUGAGCUGUACAGGGAGGCACCAAUUGACAAAAAGGGGAAUUUC